CAUGUGGCUCAACCAAACUCUGCUCUCGCUCUCUCCUCCACCGGAUUUCUUGCUUAAUUCUUACGACUCCGGCCGGCCACUUCCUCCUCCUUAGCAGCAGCAGCAGCGGCGGCGGUGUGGCGCCCUGUGCACCACUACCAUCAUUGCCUCAACUAUGGCUUCCGUGUCCCUCUCCGGACCGAGGGCUCUCCCGACGUGGUCCAGCUCGGUGUCCGGCGACUCGCUGGGCGCGUGUGUGGCGCGACCCCGGUCGUCCGCUCGGCCACCGCGGGCGCCGGCGACGAUGGGCAACGUGAACGAGGGCAAGGGGAUCUUCGCGCCGGCGGUGGUGGUGGUGCGCAACAUCAUUGGCCGCAAGCGCUUCAACCAGCUCAGGGGAAAGGCCAUCGCGCUGCACUCGCAGGUCAUCACUGAGUUCUGCAAGACCAUUGGCGCCGACGCCAAGCAGAGGCAGGGCUUGAUCCGUCUCGCCAAGAAGAACGGCGAGAAGCUUGGCUUCCUUGCCUGAUCGAUAUACAUACAUAUGGACGCCUGCCUUCAUUUGAUUGAUCGAUCGAUCGCCUCUCUGAAAUGAAUUUCCCUAGCUAGCGGCCUAAAAAUGUGUUGUACGUAUACCUCCUCCUCGAUCAUCCUCUUCUGACCUCCACUCACUUGCAAUCCAUCCAUCCAUGGUACGUAUGCAUUGCGCUCAGUCCGGAACGAAUUAAUACCAGCAGCUACGCUGGCUAGCAUAUAUGUAUAUGCAUGUGUACCGACACGGACCGUAGCCAAUUAAGCGACACUACUGCAUUUCCUCCUCCGGAUGGAUCUCCCAAUCAAUUAUUUAUUUAUCA